ACCUUCUACAGAGACCUUCUGAGCACAGUAUUUAUGCUACCACAAAUCCUGGUGAGUUUCCACUCUUAUGCACUUUUCACAAACGAUUCAAAUUUAAUUUUAUUUUCAGGGAUGUACGAUUACAUUCCUACGAUACUUAACAAUCAAUCGUGGAAAUCUUGCGAGAAUUAUGAUGCAAAUUUUGCAUUCAUUGUCAAAACAAAGGAAACGAUCAGUAUUUUGAAAUGGCUAGUGUUGUGUGCACUGGAGAUGGGCUGUAUGGCACCCCCUGGAUCACAACUCAACUGCGAUUUCAACGGUGACCGUUACACACGCGACCAGCCGCGCGACCGCUCGUGGACUAUAAAAGCAGCGACACUCCUUGAUGAUUUUUUUCCUGGGGAGGAUGUGUGGAAUGGUCCACAUGGAUAUUAG